AUGCCCCCUAGUAAGAAGAAGAUUAUGCCGGUCAUGUAUUGGAAUAAGCCCGAAAUCAUGAGCAUUAAGCAUGAUUAUACAAGUGAAACAGAUAGAUUAAGCUUCCUUCCUGAUAGUCUUCUGAUCACCAUACUCUCUCUUGUUCCAAUCCACUCCGCGGCUGCCACCUCCGUCUUAUCCCACCGUUGGCGCUAUCUCUGGACCCAAAUCACCCACAUCUCCUUUGAACCAUGUAUGGGUAGGAUGUGCAGGAAACCAUUUCGUAGUUUCCGGGGUUUCAAGAAUACCGUCAAUCACAUUCUCUUCCAGCUCUCCUCCUCCAAACUCCACACCUUUCGCCUUAAUUUCCCUUUCCCUAACACCCUUUUACAAGAACAACAAACUGAUGACACGACGACCUUUUACUCGGAGUUAAGGGACUGCAUAGCCUGUAUUGUUCCCUGGAUUGAGCUUGUGUCGCAUCGUAACCCGGAGGCAAUCAUAGUAACUUUUCACGACUCGAAUACUAUUCGAUUGCCACAUUUACCCGUUAGUUUUCUUCAAACUCAAUCACUUGUUACACUGAAAUUAAUUGCAAAUGUUGAGCUUAACUUUCCUAAGGAUAAUCUCCAAGUUAAUCUCCCUAAUUUAAAGAAGCUCCACAUGAAUUUAUUCGACUCACAACGUUGUGUUAUGGAUACUCUUUUUAGGUCUUGCCCUUUACUAGAGCAUUUAUUAUUGUCUCUUCGUUUAAACGAACUUGAUCACCUUAUACAUAUAUCUGCCCCGAACUUAAAGGAUUUGGAUAUCAAUUUGGAAGAAUCAUCGUUGCUGUCUAUUCACACCAAGUUUGUGGUUAAUGCUCCUAAACUGGAACGAUUCGAGGUUAGAGGACUUCUAGCGGUUUAUGACUUUGUCACGAAUCCAACUAAUUUACGACAUGUCAUAUUUAUCUUGCAAAAAAUUGAUGGAUUUAUAAUUGAUCAUGUUUUUGUUAACACAAGACAAGGGCUAUUUCGAGGGAUUUCUUGUGUUCGGAACCUAGUAUUAGUAGGUGAUUGUGGUAUAACAAUUAGUCUGUUAGAUUUUGUUGCUGGUAUUAAUGGCCUGCCAAUCUAUCAUAACCUAGUUUAUCUCCAUCUCAACUGUGGCGAAUCUGAUGUGGAUUUCGUUGAUAAUAAUUGGAGACCUCAAUUACCCAGUUUUUGGUCGGCUAAUCUCAAAAGCAUUAAUGUCUGA